AUGUCGCCUCGUAAACAGCCUAGUUGUUUAUUGAAAUUGUGUAUUAAAAGUUCUCUUAAUUUAAUCAAUGAAUGUUGUUACAUUAUUGAGAAAAAUAAUUCAGAUCUAGAAUGUAGGGAAUGUGAAAGGCAGGUUGUUGCAUUGAAAGGAUACUUAAUGUCUCUGUUACCUGCGAGGUUGUUUGAUGUGCUUUGUUUAGAAAGAGGGUGCUGCAGAUAUCGCGGUGAUCCCAGAAUUCAGCUUAAUGUUUUGAUACAUCCUAAAAUGUCAAUAUUCCGCAAAAGUGAUGUUGACAACGGUAUUGCACAGAAUUUCUGGGCCCGUGUAAUUCCUUGUUUCAGUCGAUUAGUUGUUCUCGAUUUAAAAUUCAUCUGCACAGAUGAAAUUCUUGAAAUCAUUGGAUCUCAAUGUCUACUCCUCGAGGAAUUAAAUAUAGUAUCAAGGGUUGAUAUAUGCAAAUCCUUAAUUAAUGCUUCUGUUCUUAUUAGAAAUGUUUCUGAUGCAGGUCUAUGUUGUAUAGCAAAUUUAAACAAUUUGCGAAUAUUAUCUAUGGACCCACCUCGCAACGAAAGAGCUAGACGUGUAGGAAGAUGUGUCUCACAAGCUGGUAUCAUUAUGCUUAUCAGUAAACUUCCCUACCUAGAGGAACUACAUAUAGAAUCUUGCGACAUUGGUUCCACAUUGAUAGGCACUGAUAUAAGUAUUGGACCUUUGAGUCUACGAAAAAUUAAUUAUCUUUUUGCAUCGGCAGAAGGUAUGAGGAAACUUGUAAAAAUUUGUCCUCAUUUAAAGGAGCUGUGUAUAACUCAUUUAUCUGCACAUAAUAAGGAUUCUAUUUUGGAAGAAAUAGCAUUAAGUGAUCUCCGAUUACAUAAAUUAGACAUGUCAUUCUAUUCACAUAGUGACUCCUUACAUAGACUCCUGCAAGUUAAGGGCAGUUAUAUAACACAUUUUUCCCUGUGGGAGAUUGAUCAUUCAUUAAGUUUAGAUUCUGUCAUUAAUUUAGGUAUGUGUUGUCCAAAUCUCACAUCUCUUUGUCUAAUGACGCAGUCCAAAUAUCUUUUAAUUCCACGUUUCUUUCGACAUCCUGGUAACAUAUUCUGCAAAUUGGAAAUACUGACAUUAGGUGAUGAGAAUUUCAGUAUUGAAGAUAUACUGGUUUUCUUUUUAGAUUGUACAAAGUGUAUGCGUAAGUUGACAUUAAAAUUUGAAACAAAACUAGUAAUAGACAAUACCUUAAGAUAUAUUUUACAAAAGGGUUAUUUAAAAAAUUUAAACAUAUUAUGGUUGGACUGUACGUUGGAGGUGUCCAAACAGGUAGUGAAGGAGGUGAUACAGGGAUGUGAGAUGUUGCAAAAUUUUACUGUUAAUUUUACAGAAGACAUGAGCGAUGUAUACAAAUACAUAGCUGAUAAUAACUUAGAUUUUAAUUUAGGCAGUUAUUAG